AAACAAACAUGGCGUGGAGAGGGAGCGUGCUGAGGUGGGUCAAAACAGAGAUCAUCACAUCCCAGAAGAGGACAGUACCGGACUCCAGGUUAAACCCUCACAACCAGCAGCGGUGUGGUUUCCGUCGGGAAGCCAAAAGACCGGACACAAAGAAAGGAAGGUCAGAUCCGAAUGGCCCGCCCCCUGAAGCCCCGGCCCCGGCGGCCCCCCGUCCCCCCAGAGCCCCCAGACCCACACUCCUCAGGCCGCUGGUGUUCACAGUGGGGUUUACAGGCUGCUCUUUCGGCGCGGCGGCGAUCCUCCAAUAUGAGACUCUGAAGUCAAGAGUCCAGACGGCCAGAGACGAAGAGGAGGCUGAGAAACUUCUUCAGGGCUCCCACGACAUGACGUACUGGCACGAGUGGUGGAAGCAGCUGUCCAGCUUCCAGAGACAGCUCAUCCUCAUGAUGUCCGUGGUGGACGACUUCUGGAGCAGCCUCACCGAGGGCCAGAGGACCGUCUCCGGUAUCAUCGCUGUAAACGUGGCCGUCUUGUGUUGCUGGAGGAUCCCUUCGAUGCAGAGAAGCAUGAUUAAGUACUUCACGUCAAACCCGGCCUCCAAAACACGAUGUCUUCCCAUGAUCCUCUCCUCCUUCAGCCACUACUCCAUCAUCCACAUGGUGGCCAACAUGUAUGUCCUGUGGACAUUCUCCUCUGGGAUCGUCUCUCUUCUGGGAAAAGAGCAGUUUCUUGCAGUCUACAUGUCUGCCGGUGUGAUUUCGUCCAUGGUCAGCUACACGUGUAAAACAGCCACCGGGCGUCUCUAUCCGUCAUUAGGGGCAUCCGGAGCCGUCAUGGCGGUCCUCGCUGCGGUCUGCGCUAAAGUGCCGGAGGCCAAACUGGGCAUCAUUUUUCUCCCCAUGGUCACUUUCACGGCGGGAAACGCCCUGAAGGCGCUGGUGGUCAUGGACGCCGCCGGCCUGAUUCUGGGCUGGAGGCUGUUCGACCACGCGGCUCACCUCGGCGGAGCGCUCUUUGGAAUCUGGUACGUGGCGUACGGCCAUAAACUCAUCUGGAGGAAGAGGGAGCCGCUGGUCAAGCUGUGGCACGACCUGCGCUCCUCGGGCCCCGGAGGGUCCCGGCCGGGCAGGGGGCCGGGGGUCAGCGGCGCCGGUCCCGGGCCGCGGUAGGAGUCCACUUCGAGACCACUGGAAUCCAGUUAAAUGUCGAUCUCCACGGACACUUUCCUCCACAGAGAUGGCGUUCCGCGUCCAAACGAGGCGCCGGCUGCUCACUCACACCUGAUCGGCCAAAUGCGGCUUUUAAACCGGGAGUUUUUACUUAUUUUAUUGUGAUGGUUGCCUUGUUCAAAAUGUUCCUUGACAAAUAAAUAACCUUGCAAAGUGUAAUGAGGAGAGCUCUGGACAUGUUGGUGCAGAGCUGAUUUAAGGCGCCGCCCGACCAGAGUGAUUGUGCGAAUCAAUAAAACGUGUUACUGGACGAGAAGCCUCUGAGCUGCGGAAUAAAACCUCACUCUCCUACCUCUCACAUGUUACUUGUCAGUGGUUUUAUGUUUUUAUUGAAAUGUAUUGUCACUGCGGUGAAGAAAGCAGAUUUGCUCCUGAGUAAACUGAACUUUCUCCAUUCGUAUAUCUUCAAUAAACAGUUUAUGGUCAAGUUACAUGAAAAGCUUAGUAUUUUGGAAUUAUUCGCCCUCCUGCAUGCUACUAAUCAUUGAGUUUUCUCAUUUAACAGCACACAAUGAACCGACACAGAAGUUUCUGCAAAACUUGAUUCUGUGCACAAAUAAAUAAAAAAUCUUGAUCU